GUGACUUCAACAGCAAUUGGGGAAGUCUCAUAUUCAUGAGACUGAGGAGGAGAGGACUAUUUUUACGUGCUAUUUUUGCAGCUUGAGUGGUCUAAAAACUGCUAAAUUCUCUUUCCAAACACAGAAAGUCUAGCUUUCAGGAAUUACCUUGCUUGCUGAACCUCCUCCCCUUGGGGCUUAAGAGAGAUAUUAGAAGAUGCAAGAUGAAGAAGGAUACAUGGCAGUAGAUGAAAGAGGCAGAAACAUCUACACACCACCUGUUCCCCCAAAGGCACAAGAAUCUCCUUCAAAAUGCUGCAACAUCACGCUGAGGGUCUUACUGGCAGUGAGCAUCGCACUGAACGUGGGCCUGUCCGUUCUUCUGAUAGUUUUCCAGAUAAAACACACGGAAGGCGGUUCCUGCUCACGGACUUUACCCAAUUCGUGCGACUCGCUCCCAGGAAGUCCAGCAGCCCAUGUGACUCUGGAUCCAGACACGGCCCACCGGCGGCUGGUGGUGUCCAAGGAUGAGAAAAGUGUGCGAUGGGGAGAGGUGGAGCAGACCUUUCCCAACAACGCCAAGAGAUUUAACCAGCGCGCUUUUGUGCUGGGCAGGGAGGGAUUCGCUUCAGGGAAACACUGCUGGGAGGUUGGCGUGAAGGGCAAGGGGGAAUGGGCAGUCGGGGUGGCCAAGGAGUCUGUGAAGAGAGACGGGCCGACAGGCUUCAGCCCGGCUGCAGGCAUCUGGGGGGUAGGAGAGUACGAGGGACUCGGUAACUACAUCGCUUUCACCUCCCCACAACACAAACGGCUCUCCGUUGGCAGGAGGCCACGGAAGAUUCGUGUGUUUUUGGACUACACUGCAGGGCAGGUGGAUUUUUUCGACCCGGAAACCCAGACCACAAUCUACACGUUCGGUUCAGCCACUUUUGGUGGGGGGAAGGUUCUCCCUUGGUUCCGUGUGUGGGAUGGAACUGAGCUUAUUGUGCGUCCCUGA